UUGCGGACAAGGGCGGUGAUGGGAGAGGAAGGGACGAGCCCAGGCCGGGGUUUCCACGGCUGGCAGCCCGGCUCCCUGCCGCCCGCCCGCUUCUGGGCUUCUUGGCUGGGGCUGCUCCUGACAGAAGGGAUGCGUGUUGUCGGGGGCGGGGGGCGGCGUGUGUGCGUGUGCGUGUGCGAGAGUAUGUGUGUGCGCUUAAAAUACAAAAAAAAGAAGGCUGGCUACACUCAGCUGCGAGAGGCUGGCCGGGCUCCGUCCGUGCCAAUUCCCUCCGAGCUGGCACCGUGGGGACCGGGAGGGGGGAGAGGUGAGGGAAGAUGGACGCUUGCCACGGACGAGCGGCAGGGCUGGGCGCCUCCCGGGUGCCAGCGGGCGCACGGGGCCAAAACUCACAAACAAAAACCGCAGCAGAUCGCUGGCAGCCCGUCCUGGGGAGGCGGCAGCCACUUGGCAGAGGAGCCAUGGAGGACCCGGCUGGGAGUAGGCGGCCGGCGCACAGGAACCAUCUGUGUGCAGAGGCAGCCCUCACAAUCUGCUCCCCAGUCCCGCCCAGCACUGAGACUCCUGGACAAUGCCUCCCUGGGGUGUCCUCAAGGCUGGCCGCUCUCUCAGUCGCCUCGGUGUCUGCUUCCUGGAGGAGCGGCCCUCACCAUGGAGAGCUGGUGGCCUCAAACAGCCUCAGAACCUUUCCUGACACAGAUUUCGGGCAGGCACGAUGAACUGACUGGCCUGGAAGAUGACUCUUGUUUGCCAUCCUGAAUUCCAAGGGCGCCGUCCGGCCAAGAUGCUGAAGUGUAACGUCCUAUUGACUCUGUCCAUCGUCCUCACGACACUGUGGGUACAUUGUGGGUUCCGGACUGCCUCUUCAACUCUGCAUUUUCCUGACACACAGGAAUGGGCCCCAGGAAAUGCUGGUGGAGAGAAAUGAAUGACUAACUGUUUAUAAUUCUAAGUCCUUUCGCUUCUGAGCCUGGACAGGACAAUGGCUGGGGUCCUAGGACCCACAUCUGCUCCUGAUGCAAGCAAAGUGUUGGAUCCCAUCAGGAGCUCCAGCCUCACACUCACGUUUUAGGAAACUCCCGGAUGGAGCACGCAAUGUGAGCCCCAGUUAACCACCACAGUGCAUCUCCUUGGCCACAUUUAGGCUCAGGGGUAGGCCCACAACACCGUCAGAGCAAAUGAGAUGCAACAAGGUUUCCCCACCCAUUGGGAAUUCUUGGAGGUGGCCCCUCGCUCGUUCCCCAGGGUGGACACUGGGAGGAUUGUAGGGGUCAAGUUCAGCAUCUUGCAACCACAAGAGGCCUGAGAAUGGAACCAACAUUAGGAUCUUGGUGUUGGAGAAGUUAAAGAGAGAAACCAAGUCCUGGAUUAACCUGUUCCUGAAGCUUGAUCAAUCCCAUGGUCACCCCAGUAUAUGAGUCAAUAAAUUUGCUUUUUGGUUUAAGACCGUUUUGGGUGGAUUUUCCAUCCUUCACAAAAGAGGAAAUCUGUUAGAGAGCCCAGCCCCCCUGCAUCUAGGAUGUGGGAAGGCUCAGUCCAUUCUGAGUGCCCUGCCCCUUCUGCAGACAAUGCAAGAGAAAGGACUGAACGCAGUUGGUGGCAGCGAGGGGUCAGCCACUGCCCGGCUCGUCGGCCCUCAGAUCUGUCCUUAUUGGACUCAGGAGGAGCGGGCAGAAGGCUGCAAACACAAACUGAGGAGCAGGAGGAGGCUGAGCUCCACUCACUGUGACGGGGCCAUGGGCUGACACAGAGGCAGUGACCUCCCUCCCGUGGCCGAGGCUGUGGGCUCAGCAGGCACAGGGGACUCAGCGGGCAUGGGGAGGCCAGGCCUGGUGUCGGCCCCACAAGGGCCACAGUUGACCACACAGGUUGGCGGUUCCUACCCUCAGGACCAUUAGCCAAGACAUCAAGGAAAAUGUUCCAGCUGGGUGCUCACAGACAGGCAGAGGCCAGCUCUGACCCAAGAGGAGCUGACCUCAAACCACAAGUGGCCCUCCAGGCCUCGGCCCCCUGUCACCUCCCUCGCUGUGGUGGCUUUGUCCCGAGUCAGCCGGCCAGGCUGGCCUGCAUUUCCCGGAAUCCCUUCCCUGUGGGUUACAGACAGGGUAGGCUCCGAGGGAGGUCUCAUGAGGACCUGGAGGGAAAGGGAGAGCCACCAUGCGCCACCCCUGAUCUGCAGAGUCACAUGUGGUGUGCAGCCGGGCCUGCCACUGUGCCACCAUCCCCUGACCCUCCUUCAGCAACUCUGAUCCUGGGCAGGGCGUGUCCAGCUCCAAGGUGUGGCCCUGGCCUCUGCAGGACCACCCAGUCCCCAGGCACAAGCGUGAGAUAGCCUGAGGCUGACCUCCAAGGGUCACGCUUGGGGUACAGCUGUCCCCCUCGCUCUUUCCAGCCACUCCCCAUCCAGCAUCAGACAACAGCCCUGCAGAAACUGUCUAACUAGAUCCAAACUGCAUGAGCGCAACUC